AAAAUGUGAAUAAACCGAUUCAAUUCAACAAUUAGCCGGAAUCAGGCUUUUAUCGUCAAGUUUGCUGUUUUUGUUGCUGCAUAACUCUCUUUCUCGUCAGCUCCGCCUGCAAAAUUCCCCUGACAUCACCAGGAAGCAAAGCUAGGCCUUUUAUAGGACUCCUCUCUCAAAGCUGGCAGCACACAACCAAACUGCUCUUACUGCUGCUGCAACAGACAAAACAUCAACAUCAUGGAGACUCUGGUUUCUGAUGACCAUAACCGCCGAAGGAUCGGGGAACUAGAGAAGUCCUUCCAUCCAUCACGGCUGCAGCUUUCAACAAAUGGUCGAUUUCUGAAAGGAGAGGGCCCCCUGAUGAAGCAGGGCCGCAAGAAGUGGGAGCAGAAAAUGUUCUUCCUCUUCAACGAUAUCCUGGUGUACAGCAGCAUCAUCAUGAACAACCGCUGGUACAAGAACCCCAAGAUCAUCCCGUUAAAGGACAUCAAGCUGGACGACAUGGAGGACUCUGACGACAUGAAGCACCAGUGGCUGAUCUGCACACCUCGCAAGUCCUUCCACGUGUCGGCCUCCUCCGACGAGGAGAAGAAAGCCUGGAUGGAGCAUUUCAAUGCUCUGCUGCAGGACCAACCAGACCGCCUUUAUGCCAUUAACUGGGUCCCCGAUUGUGCUGCUCAGAAGUGCAUGCGCUGCCUCACCACGUUCACCACGACCAACCGGCGACAUCACUGCAGAAAGUGCGGCUUCGUGGUGUGCAACACGUGCUCCAAGGGUCGGGCCCUCAUCCAGCACAUCAACCCCAACAAACCAUUGAGGAUCUGCAAAGUCUGCAACAAAACGGAGGAUGACCAGAACACACACUCGCCGAGAGGCAGCACUGACUCAGACAAAACAUCCAGUGGUGAUGAGUGAACAUUGUCCAGUCCUCCAGCUUUACAAUUUCACUGUAGGUUGAAAUUGACUUGGUGUGACAGAAACCGGAAGUCUAGUCGCGUGUCCCCCCUUCUUUAGAGAAAAUGUGAGGAAUAACAGAGAGCCUCUAAAAUCUGUGUUAGGAGAAGCAUGUGUGGAUUGGAAGAGUGGAACAUUGAUCAACAUCAAUAAGACAAGACUGGAGAUCAGCAACACAACCGCUACACAACGCUGGACUCGAUGAAAAUAAAGAAGCUCCUGUAACACAUGAAGUAUUUAAAAAGUAAACGACAUUAUGAAAGUAUUGUAUAUAUAUUUAUCUAUGUUUGUCACUGUGCUCAGCCUGUCACGUUUUCUAUGCCAAAUGUCUCCGUGACAAUAUUAUGAUAUUGUUUUUGUCUAUGUGCUUGUUGUAAAACCGCUGCUGCAACUUUAUCAAUAAAAAUACAUGUGCAGUAAA